ACGAGUCCCGUCGUGCCCGCGGGUCCUCCCGGGAACGGCUCCAUCCGGGUCCCGGCCACUGCUGUGGGCGACUCGUCGCCAUUACGGGGCAGCGGCGGCCGAGCCGGGGCCGGGGCGGCGCCGAGGAGUCGGUGGGUGCCUGGGUGGUGCUGACCACUCGGGCGGCAGGCAGCGCCGGGCCCCGCGGGGCUCCGUGAACAGCUUUCCUCCCUCGUCGCCCGGAGCCCCGCAGGCCCGGCCCGGCCUCCCGCGGCCCUCCCCGGUUCGAGCGGAGCAGCGAGAAGAUGUCGCCAUGAAGGAGGCCGAGUCCGCGCUGCGCCGCCCCCGCCGGUCGCCCCCGCGGGCCAUGAGCCUGGGCCCCCGCCGGCUCCGCCAGUGCCCGUCGUGCCCCCCCGCUCAGGGCCGCCGCUCGCUCGCCGGGGCGCCCGUUGAUGCUGCAGAGCCCGCCCGGCGCGACCCCCGCCUCAGCCUCCGCCAUGGACAAGAGCAGCCCCUGCGGCUCCGGUGCGCCCGGCUCCUCAGCCGGCAGCAAAGGGCAGCAGCCGCGAUCCGCCUCGGCCGGGCCCGCCGCGGGGGAGUCUAAGCCCAAAGGCGAUGGAAAGAAUGCGAGUGGAUCCAAACAGCGUUAUAAUCGUAAAAGAGAAACUUCAUAUUCAAAAAAUGAGAACUUUUCCAGUCAGUCCCGUCGCUCCAAUUCACAGAAAAGCAAAGCUUUUAACAAGAUGCCCCCUCAAAGGGGAGGUAGCGGCGGAAGUGGCAGACUUUUUAGCUCUUGUAAUGGUGGAAGACGAGAUGAGGUAGCAGAGGCUCAGCGGGCAGAGUUCAGCCCUGCCCAGUUCUCUGGUCCCAAGAAGAUUAAUCUGAACCACUUACUGAACUUCACUUUUGAACCCCGUGGCCAAGCAGGCCAUUUCGAUGGGAAUGGACAUGGCAACUGGGGAAAAAGGAACAAGUGGGGACAUAAGCCUUUCAACAAGGAGCUCUUCCUACAGGCCAACUGCCAGUUUGUUGUCUCUGAAGAACAGGACUACACAGUCCACUUUGCUGAUCCAGAUACCUUGGUCAACUGGGACUUUGUGGAGCAAGUGCGUAUUUGUAGCCAUGAAGUGCCCUCCUGCCCAAUAUGUCUAUACCCACCAACCGCAGCAAAGAUCACCCGCUGUGGGCAUAUCUUUUGUUGGGCGUGUAUCCUUCACUAUCUCUCCUUGAGUGAAAAGACCUGGAGUAAAUGUCCUAUUUGUUAUGGCUCUGUUCACAAGAAGGAUCUCAAGAGUGUUGUUGCUAUGGAAACACGUCAAUACGCAAUUGGUGAUAUCAUUACAAUGCAACUUAUGAGAAGAGAGAAAGGUGUUCUGAUAGCACUGCCCAAAUCUCAGUGGAUGAAUGUGGUGCAGCCUGUUUACGUGAGAGAUGACCAGCACAGUCAGUAUUCAAAGCUGCUUCUGGCAUCCAGGGAGCAAGUCUUGCAGCUGGUGAUUCUGGAGGAGAAGGCGGCAUUACUAAAACAGUAUGAGGAAGAAAAACACACCCCAGAGGCUUGCUUUAUUGAGGCGGCUAUCCAGGAACUGAAGGAGCGAGAAACAGCACUUUCUGCUGACCAGGAUAAAAACAAUGGCAUUGCUGGAGUCAGUGCAGCUGUGGAAGAAUUGGUCCUAGAAAGCUCCAAGGUUGUGGAGCCUGCCAUUUCCCAAGAGAAGAAGUGUGGUGUGGAAUAUCUCUCUGCAUUUGAUGAGGAGCUUGUGGAGCCUUGCUCUGAUCUGGCAAGCUCCUUUUCACCUCCUGUGGAAGCAGAAGAGGCAGUACUGGUUGAAGAGGAAGUACCUGAGGUGGACACUGUAGGGGAACCUGACGUGAACACUACAGAAGAACCAAAUCCAGCUGAAACAGGCUACCAAGAAUCAAAAGAUACAGUUAGCAGUGGACAUCUUAACAACUCUCCUUUUUACUAUUUCUAUCAAGCGGAGGAUGGACAGUGUAUGUAUCUUCACCCUGUGAAUGUUCGAUGUCUUGUUCGUGAAUAUGGUAGCUUGGAGAAGAGCCCAGAGAAGAUAACUGCAGCUGUAGUGGAGAUAACUGGCUACUCAAUGACAGAGGAUAUAAGACAGCGUCAUCGUUACCUCUGUCACUUGCCCCUCACCUGUGAGUUCAGCAUUUGUGAACUGGCCCUGAAGCCACCCAUUAUCUCCAAGGAGACUUUAGAGUUGUUUUCAGAUGACCUUGAAAAGAGGAAACGUCUACGGCAGAAGAAAGCUCGUGAUGAACGACGACGUGAACGCAGAAUUGAGAUAGAAGAAAACAAGAAACAGGGCAAAUAUCCAGAGGUCCAUAUUGCUUUAGAGAAUCUGCAGCAGUUCCCUGCUUUUACCUCUUGUCCCGGAGAAACUACCAGCAUUGAUCAUCAGAGCUUCCGUCUCUCUCCUCUUGGCAGAAGCCCUGUGUUUCAGACAGAGUCUAUUCCAACUCCACUGUCACCUGCUGCCAGCCAGGUCAGCCCACUGCUCUGUGGGAGUCUAGAAGAAGAGUCUCCCUUCCCUUCCUUUGCCCAGAUGUUGAGAGUUGGAAAGGCAAAACCAGAAACAUGGCCCAAACCUGCUCCAAAGGCAAGAGAUGAGAACACUCUGGCACUCCCUGUGCCUGUGGAUAGUGACGGAGAGAGUGACAGCUCUGACCGCAUACCUGUGCCCAGCUUCCAGAAUUCCUUCAGCCAAGCUAUUGAGGCUGCUCUCCUGAAACUGGACAAACCGUCCACAGCUGAUCAUUUAUCAGAGGAGAAGGGAGGCAAGAAAAGAAAGAAACAGAAGCAGAAGCUAUUGUUCAGCACCUCUGUUGUUCACACAAAGUGAUUCUGCUAUUCAAGAGAAGUUUCCUCGCCUGGUUUUCUUUUCAUUUUGCUUUGUUUUGCUGCUAUAGUUUAAGUAUUUAAAUUUGAACAGACUAAACUUGUGUUUCCAGGGCUUCUAGGGGGGUUCAGGGGGAAACCAUGACAGUAUAUGUUGAAGCAAGAUCUUUUUAUUCCAACUGCUUAAUCAGUUUAUACUGAAACAAAGUUUUGAAAGAAACAACCCAGAGACAAAUCAGCUAAGGCUUCUAGUCUGUGCCAAUUUGGUUCUUUUGGCCUAAUAAGCACUAUGAAAGGCUUCACAGCUGUGUGGCACUGCCAGAAUACUGCAAUAUUACCUAAGUGAAGAGGCAGAGAGCCUUCAUUUCCCUACAAGCAUUCAUGGGCAGAAGUCCAUCUGACUGUGGCUGUAGUGCUGUUUCAGUAAAGCUGUCAAGCUGCUCUCUGGUUUCCACUGCACUGGUGAAAGAGCUUCCUGGCUUUAGAGUGUUAGCUGCUUUUUCUAAAGAGCAAGAAUUCCUCCUGUUCUCCUGGCUUGGAAAGAUUUAAAGCUGAGGUGAGUGUAAAGCAGAAUUUGGCUACUUGGUUUUGAAGUGACUCUUGAUGAGUUUGUGUAUUUCAAAAUGCGUACUGGCACUAGUGGUAGAAGGAACCUCCUGGCUUCCUUCAGUUGUUCAACUCUUUUAAUGUGGGUGAGUGAGGCUGCUAAUUUUUCUUUUAUUAUUUUAUUUUUUGCCAACCAUGGGCUACACAUUCUUUGUAACCUGAUCAUCUAGAAUAAACACUCCACCCUAGGGCUCUUGUUAACUACCUGAAUGAUGUUUUGACACUGGCUGCGCUUGAAUUUGAAGAACAACUCAUAGCUGGAGUCUGUAGCCCCAGCGAGAAACUGGGGUCUUCUGUACUGGGAUAAGGGCCUGUAUCCGCUCGGUUCUGGGAUGUAAGUUGAUCUGCACUAAGCACCUCGGGCUAUAAAGGUACCCCUUCUGGACCCCUCCCUGCUCUUUCUUUGGGUGGUCACAUUCUGCACUGCUUAUAGUUUGGUUUGAGCUAAUGAGUUAAGUGGUGUGGAUUUUGUUUGAAUAAAAUGAACUGUAGGUGUAAUGUACCAGUCAAGGCCAACAGUUGCAAUAAAUCAUAUGCAUACACACACUUCUCGUCAUAUCAACGUGGAGCACAAUACCACUUAGUUGCACAGAUUUAAAUCUUACUUUCCUGCUGACAGAUUCCAUGCCAGGGAAGUUAUCUUCAGCUCCAGUGGUCUGCCUGCCUUGGCACAGGCUUUAAAUUAAAGUUGGUGUGUUCUCUCCCUGUGACGCUGUGACAGGCCUGAGCAAGGAAAAGCCAUGUGUUUGGGACUCCUCCAGUCAGGUAUUCUGACACCACUGGUGAAGUCAUUGGUUGUGUCCCUAUUUAAUAAGUUUAUAUCAAUACAGUGAUGUUUGAUUUCAGAGCAGUAGGCUCCAUGUUACAUGAGUGCUUCCUCAGGUCACUUAAGUAUGUACGUGUGGGAAGCCGGUACCAAAAAGUGUACUUCACAAAGCUCUGUGUGUGGCUGUAAACCAGAAAGAAGGGGGAAAGGGGGGGAGGUAAAGAAUACUUUAACUGCUCCAGGAGGACAGAGGAAACACUUGCAAAACAUUUUUUGAAAACAGCUUGACUUCACGCUUGGUCACAAUUAACUACACUUGAUAGAAAGACAGUACAGCUUGUCAAGAGAGUGCAAAGAAUCUAGGACAAGAUGCCUGAAAGUGCUAACACACCUUGCUGUUAAUGCUUUACGUGCACAUUGGGAAAUUAUUGUUGAGGGCAGAGAAAGCAACUAAGCAAGAAAGGUUGGAGUAUGGAGUUAACUGCAUUCACAGUACUAUUGUUUCCUAUUUGUAAUAGUCAUUUUAAGCCAUGGAACAGGAGUAACUAGUAGUGCCUAACCAGUAUCUGUUGUGUUCUAUUAUCUUUACAUGUUUAUAGUCAACUUUUCUUUGCAUUGGGAAGAGAGAAUAGCUGGAGCUGCUGUAACUCACCUCCACAUCUCACAGGCACUAGAACAAGGGAAGUGAUGCGGGCAAGGAAGACUGUCCCUUCUGCAAGGGCAGUCUCCACUGGACAGCAUCUUCAAGUUGUAUCUUGUUUUCCUAUGGAUUCAAGAGAUAAUACCAGCAACGCUACUUUCCUGUAACUGAUUGGUGUAAACUUAAUAAAUAUCUAAGCAGUA